CGUUGCAGUGUGGUAGCAUCUGCAGAGAAAUGUUCCUAAAAUUGUUCUUUCUUUGGCCUCUGUCUCAUAGCUAACUAACUAACUAACUAGCUAAAGUGAGUUAUUUAAGUUGCGAUCAAGUGAUAGCUAAGCUAGCGAGCUAUAUAAACUAGCCUAUUACGAAUUCGGCCGGAAAAUUUUUAUUUUGUCAUUUUCCGUGGAAGCUUCACGUUAUGUCAAGAGCAGCAUUUGUAUUUAUUAGGGAUCCCCAUUAGUUCCUGCCAAGGCAGCAGCUACUCUUCUUGGGGUCCAGACACACCAAAGCACCCAGAUUACAUAUAAAACAGUGAACUAUAUUUGUGCUGAAUGAACUAAAGAUAAAAUAGUCAAUUUCUUCCCCCAGCGUCUCUGCGUCUUUUGGUUCCUCCGCUGCGGCUGGUGUCUGCAGCUCUAUGGCAGGUUGUUCAGCGGAGAGACGUCAUGGACUACGGCUUGGUGGAGGAGUUUGUCGUCACUGUGUUGGAUGUAGUCCCAGAUCUGAUGAGUUACAGAGAGAAAGUCCAACUCAUCAUGGGUCUGAGGGCACAGCUGGUUCUGAAGUUGUUGUACUCAGAACACCUCGACUCUGACACCAUCCAGUCACACCUGAACAGGAUGAAAACCUGUAGCAUCACUCAUAGGGACAACCAGAUUUGUGAUCCUGAGGUGGAGGCAUCAGAAUCCAACUUCCUGAAGCUGAUUAAAACGCUGCUGGAAGACCCAGUUGAGAGAGAUCGCUUCUUUCAGAACGUUUUUCCAGAGGAAUUCGGCUCAAAGUAUCACUCCGCACUGCAGACUCUGGUGUGGGAGUUCCUCUCCAGACUGGAGAAGCUGCUUCCAGCACCGACCCUUCAACAGACUGCAUCUUGGUUUCUACCUGACCCCUCUGUCCUGGAGGAGUGUGGGCAGUCUGUGCGUCACCCUCAACCUUUGAGGACCCUUCUCCAGUACCACACCAACCUUUCUCCAGACCCACAUGUUGAGGCCAAUGACAACAACAUCCUGUCUCCAUCUCCCCGAGAGUCAUCCACUGACCAAUCUGACCCAGAGAACCAAUCAGAACCCAUACAGACAUUUAUGACCAUUCAAAGCCCUGCAUCAUAUUGUUGUGAGUCAGAAAUGACACCUUCGCUGGAUUACAGGGAGAGUCAACGAGGGAUGAAUUUAGACCGCACUGCAAAUGUUGACAUUUUGCCUUCGAAUGAAGAGGUAGAGUGUGUAAACAAGGAAACUCUUGACAAAGAGAGUGAAAUGGAUCAGGCUUUUCUUCACCUUCGUGCUGACAGUGGGCCGAAAAUCCAGCCGGGAGCUCACCGCUUCAAAAAGGAAGUGCAGGACGUUUCUAAUUUGUCUACGUCCUGUCGGCUCCGUCAGCCCACGGUGCUGCUGCACAGACUUGACAUUACUGAUACGCUGUCACCUGUGUCUGAGGUCUUUCCAACGCCGAGCAGAGAGAGGCUUCAGAUUGACAAUGUGGAAACCCAAGGACGGAGAGAAGACCGGGUCGUAUCACAAAAGAGGGAGAGGAAUGUCGAAGUAGAGCCCUCAGAUAGCCAACCUCGAUAUUCUCUGGUUCCUGGCCCAUGUCGUACUAAGGGGCAGCCUAAAAGAAGCAAGCGUGUCAAAAUAUGCUCCUUGUGUGGGAAAACUUUCAGGGAAGCAAAGGAUUUGACAGCACACAUAACAUCUCACACUGAACAGAGGCCUUACCAGUACAUCCUGUGUAGACAAGACGUUGAACACCAUGAGGACUUACAGAAGCAUCGGCAGAAUGUGUGUGAGGCGGCAGCUCAACCAGAAGAGGAUAACACAUCUGCGACAUCGACGAGGGAUUGCACAGAGAUAUCUCAGCCCCGACCAGGAGCUCACCGCCUCGAAAAGGAAGUGCAGGACAUUUCUAAUUUGUGCAGGACAUCGACGGAGGAUUGCACAGAGAUAUCUCAGCCCAGCGACACUUUAACUCAGAGAAGGCACAUGACAACCCAACACGGUAAACCAAGACAGUCUUCCAAAGUCACCAAAUGCGCUGUGUGUGACGAGACCUUCAGUAAGGCAUCGCACCUGGGAUACACACCUGGGAAGCUCCUCAACUGUGGGGAUGUUUCUGAGAACUCCACUUUGAAGAAACACAAAAAAGUGUGUUUGAAGACAAAGAAACAUCUCUCUUGCUCUCUGUGCGGAGACACCUUUGAUCCUCUGAGCCAAACGAGCGUGAGGACGUGAACCCACAGCAACUUCCGAGGGAGGCUCUUCCAGAGGCCGGCGCUGUUCUGGCAGCAGUAGAAAAUUCGACAGAGAUACCUCAGCCCUCAAACACAACACCCCAAAACCCAACCACCUCCAAUGCUCUGCCCUUUCAGCUAGCUAAUCAUUACAGAAAAUGCCUUUUAUGUAAAGAAGCUUUUGAUAACGGAGAAGACCUGAGAAGACAUCUGAGAUUUCAACAUGGUGUACUUCCUUACCUGUGUUUUAAAUGUGGGGAGAGUUUCCAAAGCACCUCUGAUCAGAAGAAACACUCGGACCAGUGUUCUGGUCAAAACAUUCCAGAGUCCAGGAAGUGUCCCGGUUGCAGGACGAGGACUUCUCAAUAUAGACAGCAGCAGCAGCAGGAAAUGACAAGUCAGGAAGUGAACCUUAAAAGACACCAGACAGCCUGGUCGCCACUACAUACAGGGGAAAACAAGAUGGAGACCCCACAGUCCAGCAGCACGGACGUCGACUUCUCAAAUGACUCUCGGCAACACCGGCUAAACCAAUCCGUCGAUCAAUCAAAGUUAUUUGUAAGGUGCUUUUUCGAUCAGCGAACUGCUCUUACAGUAAGCAGGUCUAGACCCCGGAGAGAGAACCGCUGUGAUGAGAGGGACUUUCAGACACAGCAAGACUUUAAUGAGGAAGUCAAUCCAAGUCAAACCCUAAGGGAGGUUGACCCAGCAGGUGGAGGCACAUCUCAGCCUUCAAGGGGGAACGGGAUAGAGACUCCCCAGCCCCACAGUACUGAAUCCCAGAACCCAACAACCUGCGCCGCUUCCCCCACUCUGCCCCCUGGUGUGAAUUUAGAUUCUAGAACAUGUCACGUGUGUUCCAAGAGUUUUCGUAGGAAACAAUCCCUGAUUUUACAUCUGAGACGUCACGGUGAAGGGGCCAUUAAGUGUCCCAUAUGUUCAAGGUGCUUUGGUCGCAACAGGGAUUUAAAGUUUCACCUGGCCAACAAAUCAGGUUGUGGGCCAACGCGGCGUAAUCUUACCACCGUAAUCGUUCCCACAAAAGACACGCCGGUCUUCACCUGCCCUGAAUGUCUGCAACAGUUCACAAGCGAAAAGAAACUGAAAUCCCACAUGGUAUGUCACACAGGAGAGGGGUUCUCCUGUAGCUUUUGUGGCAAAAUGUUUUCUGGACACAACCAAUUGAAGUUUCAUAUUCGUUGUCAUAGUUACAGGCCUUAUCUAUGUGAUACGUGUGGCAAGGACUUCCCAUCUCAGAGUGCGUUGGAAUCACACGAGCGUGUGCACACAGACGAGCGGGCAUACUCUUGCACAGACUGUGGGAAAACCUUUAAGCGUAAGGGUACGCUGACACAACACCGACUGAUUCAUACAGGGGAGCGGCCAUUCGCGUGUGCUCUCUGUCGAGUACGCUUUACCACCAAUAAGCAUCUGAAACUGCACAUGAUGUGUCACACGGGGGAGAGGCCUUUUAAAUGUCCGGUUUGUGGGAGGGGCUUUAGACAGAAAGGCGAUUUGAGACAACAUCAAGCUUUGUGUUCCUAGUUGCCUUGGGGGCUCAAGAGGUUAAGAUAAAGAGUUCUUAUGUUCUUAUUGUGUCUGUCAGUAUUCCGACGUUCUAAUUCCGUCUCACCCUGCGUUCAUAACAUCUGGUAAAUUAGUGAAUUCCAGCAAUCCGACUGUGUGAAGAAUCCACUUGAACGCCUCUCCAACUGGUAACUACUUGUGAAGGAAACGUAUCUGUCAUCUCUGAGCUUCCGGCUUCUGCCACAUGCGGAACUCUGACGUCACAAAGGAAAUCACCUUUGAUAACAGCAUUUUUUGGCAGUUAAAUGCAACAACAAAACAUUAUUUAUAAAAAUACAUUUAAAAAUCUAUUAAUGUGUUUUUUUGAAAACAAGUUGUUAUUGAGCAGGUUGCUGUACUUUCAGUUUGUGGUUGAAACAGUUUUGCCAUCCAGCCAAUCGGCGUUUUCUAAAUUGGUUCAAAGCAUGUGAAUGUACACAACUCGUUGCGCCCAGUUUCCCGUUUGUCAUGAAGGCAGCAUAAAGCACGUUCAUGGGAAGUGCCGCAGGUGCAUUCCAUUACGGUUUGGAAUGGAGACUUCAACUUACGAUUUUAACGAGGUUAUCAAUUAGUCUAUUAGACCAAUGUCAAUGGGGAUGUUUCGAAAUGCAAUAGACCUUUACCACCCGUCGCAUAAAUAAGGCGAAUUAAGUACGACAUGAAUGGUUUAAUUUUUUUGGUCCAUGGCUGUCUUAUUGCAACGAUCCAGAACUUUCUGAGAGUUGAUUAAAUAUUGUCGGGUUAUCUGAUUGGAGGAAUCACUGAAGACUGAAACGCUGAUAACAUGCUGUUGUAACAGAUCUCUCAGUGGGCAGAUGUUCCAUUGGGUACGUUGUUGAGGGGGAUGUUGCACUGCCCAGUUUCAAGCACGCGUGUUGAAGUCUGAAUACUGCGGCUCGUGCCAGUAAAACUCAUAAUUCAGCCAACUCUGAAAAGAUUACUCGUCAUUUUGAUUUGUGAUAUACACUAACCAGAUGUAUUUUGUCGGGUAAAUUAGAUUCCUGUUGGGUGGUUCUUAUCAACAGACUAAAACCCUUCUACCUUUUCCACACAAAAAAAACUGCUUCUUUGAGUUAAUUUUGAAUUCUCCAUAAUGAAUGAGUUAAUUUUGAAUUCUCCAUAUUGAAUGAGGUCAUUUUGAAUUCUCCAUAUUGAAUGAGGUCAUUUUGAAUUCUCCAUAUUGAAGGAGGUCAUUUUGAAUUCUCCAUAUUGAAUGAGGUCAUUUUGAAUUCUCCAUAUUGAAUGAGGUCAUUUUGAAUUCUCCAUAUUGAAGGAUGUCAUUUUGAAUUCUCCCUUUUUGAAUGAAAUAAUCUAAUCUGUUGAAAAAGUUAUUUUUUUGAAAAUGACAAACUUCUUAUCUUUGUAAAACAGCCAAUUGUAUAUAUCCUUUACAAAACUGCAACUAUAUGUCUACAAGAAUUGUAAUAAACAUAACAGCAACCCAUGCAUUAUCCUCAA